AUGUCUCCUACUGCUGUGUAUUCAGCGUAUGUGCCUCCGGCACCAACACCAGUAAAGGGCCCAGCUCUCGCCGUCGGAUCUCCAGCGACGGCUCUUGAUGGACAGUAUCAGUCGAUGGUAAUGGAGCUGGAAGCGUCGAGGAAGGUCGACCGGCAGAUGCUUGACAGAAUAGUCGAUGGAGCUACCUCACUGGUGGCCUCAACGUACUCAUCGAUUCACGUUGCUCUCUCAUCCACCGACUACGAUGGUCUCCUACCCAACAUUUCUUCCCUGCUAUCUCAGUUGCUCUCGUCCCUGAUACCAUUGGGUACGUUGCACCUACACAACAUCUCUCUCGACUCCAAGGUCCCGUCGGAGGUGACCCUAAGCGGUUUCACGAUCCUCUCAGUAACUUCUCCAUCCACUCUCAUUGCCCAAAAGCCAGUGCAUGCGCUUGCUGCGACUGUUCCACUCAAAAAAGCCGACUCUGUGAAUCCACCAUUAUUACUUCCCCUACGAAAAAAGACAAAUUCUGGUGCAAAGAAAGCACUGUGGACGCUGAGCACACCGGGGACCCCGCCGAUUGACGCAGAGGCACUCUUGACGGAUUCAGACAAGGCGCGGCCAUGCGAGCCUGUCACAGCUUCGACGGGGCCACGGAGAAAGAAAGCGUGUAAGAAUUGUACUUGUGGACUGGCUGAGCUGGAGGCAGAGGAGCUCAAGCAGAGCCAAGUCGUUGUCGUUGACGGCUCGGAGGAUGGCGGGGCACGGGCCAUGUCGCGGGAGGAAAGGGAGAAGCUGAUUAACAGCACACCAAAGGCGACUAGCAGCUGUGGGAACUGUUACCUCGGUGAUGCGUUUAGGUGCGCAAGUUGCCCUUACCUUGGACUUCCUGCAUUCAAGCCAGGUGAAAAGGUUGAGAUUGACUUCGGAAUGGACGACAUUUGAGUGCUGGGAAGGAUAUACGAUACUUGUAGACAUGUACUUUCGUGUAAAUUUCAUUUGCUGACUAAAUGUAAUUGCUGUUCUGUUACCUUGAUGCAUUCAUGCC